UCUCCCUUCGAACAACACCCGCCAUUUAUGAAAUACCUAAUGUAAACAUCAUCUGCGGCGACAUGAGUAAAAAUAAAGAUGCCGCAGCUUCAAAAGCUGUGGCUGACUACCUCAACCGUCAAAACAGACCCUACAGUGUAACUGACCUUCUAAACAAUAUGGGAAAAGAAUAUGGCAAAACUGCUAUCACAAAAGCUUGUGAAAGUUUGGCUGCUGAUGGAAAGAUUCGAGAAAAAGCUUACGGCAAACAGAAAGUGUAUGUGGCUGAUCAGAGUAACUUUCCUGAUGUGGAUGAUGCUGAGCUGAAGAGUAUGGAUGCGAAGAUAGUGGAGUUGACAGAGUCUGUUCAACAAGUCCAGGAUAGAGUUCGCAAGCUGGAAUCAGAACUGAAGACCCUGAACAAUGCUAUGUCAACAGAUGAUGCGAAAAUGGAAACAGAACGGAUUGAAAAUGAAAUGGUGUCCCUGGAGGAGAAGUUGAGGAAGCUGAAGGAGGGCCAGGUGUUGAUAACUCCCCAGGAGAAAGACAAGGUUUAUAAGGAGAGAGUCAAGUAUGUGAAGGAAUGGAAGAAGAGGAAAAGGAUUAGCACAGACAUCAUCAAUGCUAUUCUGGAGGGCUAUCCUAAGACCAAGAAACACCUCGUGGAGGAGAUCGGCCUGGAGACGGACGAGGACUACAGUGUCAAACCUCCAGACAUCUGAUGUGCGUUACCAGGUAGCUUUGUCACUCAACAUCUAGUGCUAAGACUGAUGGUACUUCUAGGCCUACAGAACCUACAGCCUUACAGAAACAGAUACAAUGGAAAAAAUGUUUACACCAAACUAAUGUCUGUACACUUGUUGUAAUAAGGAAGCAUUGCAAAGCAGUUAUGAAACUGUUAAGAAUCAUCACAUGAAAUACAUUGUUUAUUUUAUUA